AUGCGACGCAAUCUCUACCUCUCUUCAGCACACAAAGCAGGGAUGCUUUUCAUGAGCGUUAAGCGUGGAACACACUGGUUUGUAAUCACCGCCUUGGCCGCACACCUCUUUGGAGGGGCCAUCGGCUAUGGCGAGGAAGCCACGCCUGAGACGAAUACAACCCCGUAUUCCUUACGUUCGCUCGCCAAAGUUGGAGAUUUUUCAAACGUCGAUGUACUUCUUGAAGUGCGGGGCGACCUCAAAUUCCGCGGAGAUGACAAGGUCGAAGCCCUGCCCAUGCAGGCCAAAGGCACGCUGUACUACGACGAACGACUCCUGCAGCUGGGCGACGAGGCCCAGACCGGACUCCGCAGCCUUCGCCAUUACGACGAUGCCCAGGUCGAGAUCCUGGUGCACAAAGAUCGCUCGAACCGCUCGCUAGCAGAUACCCGUCGGCUGGUUGCCGUCGAACGGAAGCUCGAGAGCACCGACAUCUACGCGGUCGAACGGCUGCUCAGUCGCGACGACCUCGACCUGAUCGACAUCCCCUGCAAUAGCUUGCUGAUCGAUGCCCUAGUUCCCGGCCACGAACUCACCGUCGGCUCGACCUGGCCGCACUCCGAUCACCUGAUGGCAGCCCUGUUGGGCAUCGAUGCUGUCAGCUCGAACGACGUCGAGAGUACGUUCACCGCCAUCGAUGACAACGUGGCCAAAAUCGAAAUGGCCGGCACCGUGCACGGGGCCAUCGCAGGGGUGGCCACCGAAAUGGACGUGAAAGCCCGUUACCUGUUCGAUACCGAGCGGGGUCGCGUCGGCUGGAUCGCCCUAAUCAUCAAAGAAAAACGCUCGAUCGGCCAUGUGGCCCCCGGCCUCGACGUGGUGGUCCGCCUGCAGAUGACCAUUAAGCCAUCGAAGCCAACGCCGGAACUGGCCGACGCCGUGGUCGCAGGCCUCCCGGAGGAAAGCAAGGAACUUCGUGAGCUGCUGGUCUAUGAGGAUGACCAGCACGGUUUCGGUUUCGCCUACCCGCGCAACUGGCACGUGGUGACCGAAGACGACAAUGUCGUCGUUCUACGAAUGAUCGAACGGGGCGAGCUGAUCGCCCAGUGCAAUGUCUCUCCGCUGGGCCGGAAGCCGCCGGAGCACGCUUCGACCCUCGACACGCUGCAACGCGAUAUCAAGCAAUCGCUGGGCGACAACUUCGGCUCUUUCGUGCGGGCCGGUGAGAGCAAGACCAGCUCGGGGCUCACCCUGCGGGAAGUCAUCGCCCAGGGCACCGCUUCGAGCCAGCCCAUGCACUGGCACUACUACGUGAUUCGCGAUGAAGCCGGCAAGCGGCUGAGCUUCGCCUUCACGCUGGAGAGCGAGCUGGAACCGCAAUUGGGUGAAGUGGACCGCCAGAUUGUUAGCAGCGUGCAAUUCGUGCCCUCGGCCUCGGAACGGGCCGCCCAAUCCUCGGGCGAUGCAGUGGGAGAUCCGAUGAUCCGGCGGGAGACCCAAUGUCGCGACGGCCGCCCCGGCUGGAUGCUCAUCUCGCAAGUGGACCACGCCCGACUUGCCUGGGAGUUGGCCAAGCACUGGAUGGAACCGAUCGCGGCUUCGGCCUCGGCGAAUGAAGAUCUACUCACGGCCGUGCUUUGCCACGACGAUGGCUGGAGCGAAUGGGAACGUCAUCCCGAGGUCGAUGCCGACUCCGGGCGGCCGCUCGACUUCACCGAGAUGGCCCUGACCCAGGCGAUCGACAUCUGGCGGCACUCGAUCACGGUGGCCGAUCAAAAGGCCCCGCUAACCGCCUGGCUUGUGAGCCGGCACUUCGAGGAACUGCUCCGCCGUUCGCAUUGGGCCGAAUCGGAUGACCAGCGGAUCACCACCUACGCCAAGGCGUUUCUCGAAGAACAGGCCUCCGCCCAACACCGCUGGCUUUCGGCCUGGCAGAGCGAAGACCCAACCCACCACAGUGCAGAUGCAGCAUCAGCAGGGCUGACCCUGCUGCAACGCUUCGACCUCUUAAGCUUGUGGUUCUGCUGUGCCGAACAGGAGGAUCAACUCAGCCUCGAAAUGCCGAGUGGGGCCGUGCUGAACCUGUCGCCCAACAUCGAGCAUCACGUCCAGAUCGCCCCCUGGCCCGAGGGCCUGAUGCCAUUCGAACUCUCGAUCACCGGCCGCUCUGUUCCGCAGCGGCACUACCAGAAUGCCGACGACUUGGCGGUUGCGCCGUCGGAACCCGGUCGCGUCUCCUGGAAGUUGGUUCCGCAGGACUAA